GGGUAUAAAAAGCCCCAAUUUCUCUCCCUCUCUUUCUCGCUCUGCUUCUUCAGGCCUUUCCUCGCGAAAGCGAGCCGAUAGCAAGGCUUCCAAUCCGAUAUCUCGGCGAUAAAGGAGAGGAAUGGCAACGUUUGAACUGUACCGUAGGUCCACAAUUGGCAUGUGCUUGACUGAAACCUUGGACGAGAUGGUGUCGACCGGAGUUCUCAGUCCCGAACUCGCGAUCCAAGUCCUUGUUCAGUUCGACAAGUCGAUGACCGAAGCCCUGGAAACGCAGGUCAAGAGCAAGGUGACUAUUAAGGGGCAUCUACACACCUACAGAUUCUGCGACAAUGUUUGGACCUUCAUUUUACAAGAUGCACAGUUUAAAACCGAGGAAUCCCAGGAGAACGUUGGUCGGGUUAAGAUAGUGGCAUGCGACUCGAAGCUGCUAUCACAGUGAGGCGCCAUGCCCUGGUGAAGAGUGUGUCCAGCAAGGUGAUUUUAAGUCUAAAUAUGGUGUAACAUAAAGGUAGGGAUGGGAAGAGAAGAAAUUUGGUGUUUGGCUCAACCUAGUUGCAGUUGCAGGCAACCGAGGAAGAUUUAAACCAACUUGUAGAACCCAUAGAGACCCGAAAAGCUCUUAUACAUACUGUUGAUUAGCAGAUCAUGCUGCAUGAAUAUAACCACGAAUUUCUCUAGACUUCUUGAGUAUCCGUUGCAACUUUGAAUGUUCGUGGUUAGGCUCCAGGCAGGCAAUAGCAGCCGUUAUUUCAUUGUGCUUUUGGUUCCUGAACUACAAAAACAAUUGUACGGAUAAUUCUUGAAGAUGGGAUCAAGUAGAAUCAGGACUGUAAAGUUAAGCGAGUUACUAUGUUGGGCUCAUUAAGAACAUGUGUGGGUUGUCGCGCGCAUAAUCAAUCAAAGCUUGGAUAUGAUUUAGAUUUUAUCAAA